AUGGAAAACCAACACGAAAGAGCAUUUUAAAAAUAAGAUGGAAUAUUUUUAAAUUCCAAAAAAGUUUUAUAAAAGAAAACCGCUGCAGGUGUUAGAUACUAUAAAAAUAUUGGUUUAGGAUUUAAGACCCCUAAAGAAGCCAUUGAUGGACAUUAUAUUGACAAAAAAUGUCCCUUUACAUCUAACUUAUCUAUUAGAGGAAAACUUAUUAAGGGAUUAGUUAUCUCAACUAAAAUGAACAGAACUGUUAUUAUUAGAAGAGAUUAUUUGCAUUACGUAAGAAAUACAACAGAUAUGAAAAAAGACACAGAAACAUUGCUGUCCAUGUAUCCCCAUGCUUUUAAGUUAAAGAAGGAGAUAUUUAGUUGCUGGAUAAUGCAGACCUAUCUCUAAAACUGUAAGAUUUAACACUCUUUAAGUUUACCCUAAUGAAAUUGUAGGAUCUGUAAGAAAAUAAUUUUUACUUUUUUGAAAAGUUUUAUUGAAUUUUUUUUUACUUAAUAAAAAAAUAAUCAAAAUGUAUGCAAAUUUUUUGUUAUUUUAGUGGUUUUUUGUGUUUUUUUUUAUUUUAUAUUUAAAUUAAUUUUUGAU